AUGACUGUCGAGGUCAUUCUAGAGACGCCACUCGCUCAGGCGCUCAACUCGGCUAUACAGCCAAAAUUGAUAGAGGUCGGAUGGAGUGCAGGUGAUGACGCUACAGCGCUUUCUGAAUACAUUAUUCUCAUGCUUGUGAAUGGUAAAAAUCAAGAACAAAUCACAUCAGAACUUGCAGGCGACUUAUUGCAGCUCGGACCAGAUGAUCCUGGUGCUCGAGAAUUUUCUCAAUGGCUCUUCCAGCAAAUUGAGGUGUUGGAUGCUCAGUUGAACGGAGGACAAGAAAUACACAUUCAAGGCGAAACCGACGAAAAAGCAGAUUAUCAACCUAAUUCCCAAUCACAAGAUCUUGAGAUGGGGGACGCACAAAACAGCGGUAAUUACGUACCGACUGGUCCAAAGUCAAUGAGGAAUAAUAACAUACGUGGAAUUGGAAGGGACAAACGCAUAAUGAAUCAUAUCACUAAAACUCUUGAUCGAUCAAAUGAAAAUUUUCUUCACCGCGUUCGACCCCAGGUUGGUAACGAGCGUAUUGGGCGGAGUGUGCCUAUCGGACCAAGACAGCAAGCAGGAACUCCUAGUCGAGGUGGAAUACGCACGCAGAAUAAUCGGGUGAAUCUGAUGGGAAGUCUGCAUAAUGGGGUACACGCCGUGCACAGCAGCCCAGCAGCAAAUAUUAUGAGUAUGGGUCCUCAACAGCAACUUGAAUUAUACACAAUGCUUGAACAACAAUCACGAAUGAUGGCCCAGCUACUUGGAGCUCAGGAACAAGCGAGAAGAGCUGGUCCUAUCGCUAUGGGAAACGAAAGCACCUUCUCACAUCAGCCACGAAAAGGAAGGUCACUUUUUGAUCGCGCACAACAGAACACUCGAGAAGGAUCAAAUAACAUACACAAAGUGCGGGGGAAUAACUACGGAGAUAACCUCAACCAAACGUCCACUGAAAACCAGACCUCAUUAGUGGAUGUUGAAAUGUCCAUCGACAAGAAAGAACUCGACCCAGAAAACACAACUUGUAAAUACAACCUAGCCUGCACAAACAAGGACUGUAAAUUCGCACAUCAAUCACCUGCGGCACCUGCUGGAUCAAACAUCGACUUUAACGACACUUGCUCCUUUGGAGCUGCAUGUAAAAAUCGAAAAUGCGUCGGCAAGCAUCCAUCUCCAGCCCAGAAGAUUGCCCACCAGACAGAACUAGACUGUAAAUUUUUUCCUAAUUGCACCAAUCCCCGCUGUCCGUUUAGACAUCCUAGCAUGCCACUAUGUCGAAAUGGUGCCGAGUGUACAACCGAUGACUGCAAAUACACACACGUAAAGACAAUGUGUAAAUUUAACCCUUGUUUGAACCCGUCUUGCACCUUCAAACAUAACGAAGGACAAAAAAGAGGCAAAUUUGAAGAUAGAGUUUGGACUUCUGAUGUGACAAAGGACCAUGUGAGUGAGAGAAAGUUUGUUAACGAAGAUGGUCCGGAGGAAUUGAUUGUACCCGGGAUAUCCGAAGGUAGGAUGAAUCAGACUUCCCACAAAAGGCAACUAGCUACAUGA